AUGGCGGGCAACGAAGUUCCGUUCACUGGUUCUUUAACUUCACAAGGAAAUAUGCAACAAACUCUACCUCUCCAGAAUGCCCCCAAAGCUGAUGUUUCCGAUAAACAAACACUUUUGGCAGUUUUACAGUUUUUAAAGAAAAAUAACUUGAAGGGAACAGAAGAAUUGUUAAAGAGAGAAGCUUCCAUUAAAGAUGAUGAUGUGCGUCCACAAACAACAUCGCAAUCAGAAACUGAUGUGUCACAUGCUUUGGCAGCUUACAAAAGUGCAGAUGAUCCCAGUCGGUUUGCAGACUAUUAUACAGAUCUGAAAACAUUCAUAGAAUCUUGCUUAGAUGCUCAUAAGGUGGAACUUUCAAUGAUCCUCUAUCCAGUGUUCAUACACAUGUACCUUGAGAUGGUAUACAAUGAACAUGAAUCCUAUGCUAUACUGUUCUUCCGGAGAUUUUCUAAGGAGCAAGAGGACUUCUACCAGGAAGACUUAAGGAAAUUAUCUACUGUAACAAAGAAAGAACACAUGAAAGGAAAUGAGCUCAUGGAAAGCUUUAAAGCCAGCAAGUUUGUGAUGAAGAUGUCCAGAGACUCGUACAACCAUCUGAAGCGUUAUUUACAGGAAAAUAAAAUGAAGCCAUUGUUAAACAUCAUCCAAGAACAUCUUUUUAUUGAUGUAUUUGAUGGAGUACCCAGGACAAAACAACAGAUUGAGGCCACAAGUGGGGCAAUGUUAGGAGAGAGUGAAAGAGAUGCCAAUAAAGUGAAGGUAUUUUAUGGUCUGCUAAAGGAACCUGACAUUAACAUGCCAAUAGAAGACGAUGAUGAGCCAACAGAAGGAGAUGACAAACCAAAGAAAAAGAAGCCAAAGAAAGACCCCCUUAUGAUGAAGAAGUCCAAAAAUGAUCCUCAUGCUCCAGCACUCAACAGAAUUCCACUUCCUGAACAGAAAGACCAGGAUAAGAUGGAGAGGAUAAUUGCCUACAGAGAGGCAUUGAAGAGAGUGAAAGUUGGCAGAGAUAAUCUUCCAACAAUAUGUUUUUACACACUUCUCAAUACUUACCAAGGGGUUACCUCCAUUGACAUAUCAGAAGACUCCAGUUUACUUUGUGUAGGAUUUGCAGAUUCCACCAUUCGAGUGUUCACCAUCUCUGGCCAAAAACUCCGGGGUAUGAAGACUGCAGCAGAGCUAGAUAGCAUAGACAGAGAUGCAGAUGAUGUACUUGAGAGAAUGAUGGAUGACAGAACAGCCUCAGACUUCAAACUCCUAACAGGUCACAGUGGACCUGUGUAUGCUGCUCGUUUUAGCAAGGACAGGAAGUAUCUGGUGUCCUGUUCAGAAGAUGGCACAGUGAGGCUCUGGAGUUUGCUGACAUGGACAAACUUGGUUUGUUACAAGGGACAUAACCACCCAGUCUGGGAUGUAGAAUUUAGUCCGUAUGGUCACUAUUUUGUAUCAGUUGGACAUGACAGGACUGCCAGACUGUGGGCCACAGACCAUCAUGUCCCAAUCAGGAUAUUUUCAGGACAUCUUUCAGACAUGGAUUGUGUGAAGUUUCAUCCCAAUGCCAACUAUAUUGCUACAGGAUCCAAUGACCGUUUUAUAAGGCUCUGGGACAUUCUUAAUGGGAACUGUGUCCGGGUCUUCACUGGGCAUAAGGGAUCAGUACAAACACUUUGUUUUUCACCAGAAGGAAGGUUUUUAGCCUCCUCAGGUGUGGACUGUAUGGUACUGUUAUGGGAUAUCGCCACAGGGGGACUUCUAGCUCAAAUGAAAGGACAUACAGAAACUGUGUACACUCUGUGCUUUAGUCGAGAUGGAGGGGUUCUAUCAUCAGGUGGUUUAGACAACUGUGUUAAAUUGUGGGAUGUACUGAAAGUGUUACAAGAGGUGGACACAGAAGCCGACACCAGCAUACCAAGUUCUGUCCAUGUAAAUGACAGUCCAGGACUUCUGAUUGGUUCUUGGCCAACUAAAGCCACCCCUGUUCUCUGUGUUCACUUCACUCGCAAGAACCUCAUGAUAGCCAGUGGUCCAGCUGCUUUGAUGGAGGACAAGUCACCCCACAAAACUUGAAAUUCUUUUGAACUUUUGGGACCAUCUUCUACCAGAGACUAUGUGGUAGAUUGGAAAAUGAAAAUUGUGGCAUACCUUUAUGCAUCGUGAACAAGCUGCUUGAAACACAACUGGUAAUCUUGAUAUCAGGUGACUGUUGCCUAGUGGACAGAUAUGGUUACAAGUGUUUUGAAGUAAAAAAUUACAUGUAGGUGCAGGAAACCUGUUUACAAGGUUUAAGGAAUGCAAGGAGGAAAUAUUACUAGUAAUAGUGCUGUAAACCCUCAAAAUGUUCAAAUAUUUGUAAAAGGUUUAUACAUAUUCAUGUAGAAGCUAUGAUGCCUGGGUUUAAAAUGUUAAAUUUGUUUCAUGAUUGGUACUGUGUACUUUAAAAUGAACACUAUGAUGAUCAUGCAGAAUAAAAAACAUCAGAAAAACA